AUAUCAGCCAGAUCAGACAGACGGUGUCCCACUCGGCGUAAGUUUGGUAACCGCUGAUGGUCAAACAGAAGAAGCUCCAUCAAGUGAGUUGUGGAGCUUCCGUUGGGCACUUCUAUCGAUGUUGCCAGGAACUGUCAAUGGUUACCUGGCCGGCUACAUCCCCACGAUCACCAAGUAUCAAGGUGUCAGUCUGGACGAAGCUGCCCUACUGGUGACAAUCAUGGGAUGUGUGGAUAUGGUCAGCAGAAUUGGGUUUGGAUUUGUUGCUGAUGCUCACAUUUUGACUCCAUCAAAGCUGCUGGCUAUUGCCUGCAUUUUUCUUGGUGUUAUCUGCCACCUGUUCGGGUUCGCCACCUCGUUCGUGACGUUAGUCCCUGUCAUCGUUGUCAUUGGAUUGUUCAUUGGUGCCCGUGGACCCAUGGGCUCGUUGAUCUGCAUCGAGGUGGUCGGGGCCAGGAAUAUGCCUGCAGCUUUCAGCAUCAUGUCUACGUUGAAUACAUUAGUUGGACCCACAGCCAACCCUAUCUUUGGAAAACUGGCUGAGGUGACCGGUUCCUUUGUGAUUGUGAUGCACGUGAUUGGUGCCGGCUACUUCACGUGUGCCGGCUGUCUGUUACUGCUGCCCUUGUUUGUACGGCUGGAUGCCAAGCAUGGCCGACAGAAAUGA